GCUGGAAAUUGCUAAAUGUUAUUGUUCUUGAGAGGAAGCAGAAGCUUUCCACAGUUGAGAAGGAUGUCCAUUAAAGCAGCCCUCAUCGAUCUCAGUGGCACCUUGCAUGUGGAAGAUGAGCCCACUCCAAAUGCAGUUGAGGCUUUGAAGAGAUUGCGAGAUGCUGGCGUUGCGGUCAAAUUCGUUACAAAUACCACAAAGGACUCGAAGGCAACUCUUCACGAACGGCUCUGCAGGAUUGGCUUCCAUCUGGACCCCUUGGAAAUCUACAGUUCCUUGAGCGCCGCAGUCGCAUUUGUGGAGAAUGAGAAACUGAAUCCGUACUACAUCCUGUCUGAGGAUGCUCGCCAGGAUUUUCCACCAGAGGAUACUAGGCGCUACCAGGAUUCAGUUGUGAUUGGCCUAGCACCUAAGGCGUUCAACUAUGACCAACUCAACGAGGCUUUCAAUGUUCUGUUGGAGAAUAAGAACCACAAACUGGUGGCCGUGCAUCAGGGUAAAUACUACAAGCGUGCCGAUGGACUAGCUUUAGGCCCAGGAUGCUUUGUUAAGGGUCUGGAGUUUGCUACAGGACGAACCGCUAAAGUGAUUGGCAAGCCCAAUCCUUAUUUCUUCGAAGGAGCUCUGGCUGGUCUGGAUCCCGCCUCCUGCGUUAUGAUAGGAGACGAUGCCAAUGAUGACAUUGUGGGCGCCAUGAGCGUGGGCAUGCAGGGAAUUUUGGUCAAGACUGGCAAAUACUUGCCAGAUGUCAAUCCAUCCCCACCACCAACAGCUUUGGUAGACAACUUUGCCGCGGCAGUGGAUUGGAUAAUUCAGAAGAAUAAAUCUUAGGCUUUUAAAUUAUGAAUUUCAUAUUAAAAAAAAUAGUUAUUGA